CGAUCGAGACCUCAGAAAAGUCAUUGAGCAUCUAUAAAUUCGGCCAUUCCGAAAAGGGUUGGAGUCGAAGAGCUGCUGGUCAAAAGGGGUUGCGGGCCGUUGAGUGUGAAGAGCCUCGGAAGGGACUUUGGAAGAGCGUCCUUUAGCACAGCCAAAAAUGACCGAGACCGCUAUUUCAUUCGCCAAGGAUUUCUUGGCCGGGGGAAUCGCCGCCGCGAUCUCCAAGACAGCUGUUGCUCCCAUUGAGAGAGUCAAGCUGCUCCUUCAGGUCCAGCAUGCCAGCAAGCAGAUCACAGCAGACAAGCAAUACAAAGGUAUUAUUGAUUGUGUAGUACGUAUACCCAAGGAGCAGGGCUUUGUGUCCUUCUGGAGGGGCAACUUGGCCAAUGUCAUCAGGUACUUCCCAACACAGGCCCUCAACUUUGCCUUCAAGGAUAAGUACAAGAAGGUCUUCCUGGAUGGCGUUGACAAGCGCACCCAGUUUUGGAGGUACUUCGCUGGAAACCUCGCCUCUGGUGGUGCUGCGGGAGCUACCUCACUUUGCUUCGUCUACCCCCUUGACUUUGCUAGAACCCGAUUGGCUGCUGACGUCGGAAAGGCUGGUGCGGAGCGAGAGUUUUCAGGCCUUGGCAACUGUUUAGUGAAGAUCUACAAGUCUGAUGGUCUGAAGGGCUUGUAUCAGGGCUUCAAUGUGUCUGUGCAGGGUAUCAUCAUCUAUAGAGCGGCCUACUUCGGUAUCUAUGAUACUGCCAAAGGCAUGCUACCAGACCCCAAGAACACCCACAUAGUGGUGAGCUGGAUGAUUGCUCAGACUGUCACUGCUGUUGCUGGUCUCACAUCCUAUCCCUUUGACACUGUACGUCGUCGUAUGAUGAUGCAGUCUGGACGCAAAGGAGCUGACAUAAUGUACAGUGGCACUAUUGACUGUUGGAGGAAGAUUGCACGUGAUGAGGGUGGAAAGGCCUUCUUCAAGGGUGCCUGGUCCAACGUACUCAGAGGCAUGGGCGGAGCCUUCGUGCUUGUUCUGUACGACGAGCUCAAGAAGAUCAUGUAAACACUGUUUAUAUAAAACAUGCCAUUGAAAAACAAAACAUGUUCAAACCUGUAAUGUAUUAUCUGGCUGGACCCCCCCCCCCCCCCCCCCACACCUGAAUUCCCAUGACUGGUUACCAUUGUCAUUCCUCUAUGAUCGUUUAAUGCUGAAGACUCCCCUGUUCUCUCGUUGGUCUGUUUUUAAUAAUGACUUGAAUAAAGUCAGUCCACUGAAUAAACUGACAUAUGUCUGGUGUAAUCUGCCAUGGUUGACUUAUCUUCUCAUGGGUUUAACUAACUUUGUUCACUGUACAUGACCACAUGACCAAAUAUAAUGGGAUAAAAUCGUGUUGUCUAAUGGAUUUUCUCAUUGGCAUCUGUUAUAUUGCAUUUAUUUGGAAUUGUUUACCAUAAUUGGAUUAAUGUGUAUGUUUUUUUUAUAUAUAUAUAUAUAUAUUACACAUACAUACAGUCAUGAUAUGCAUUUCUUCUUUUCAAACAAAAAUGGACAUCGCAAUAGUUUAUGGAAAGGGCAAGUGCACCGUUAGUUCUUCCGAUUGAAAAAAAAAAAGUGAGGAUGAGCCUGGCUUUAGUGACAAUGAAAAUAAUCAACAAUAUUGAAGAAUGUACGAUAACACGUAUAAUUUAUUUAUUUUGGAGUUAAAAUUUUUUUAUUUUUUUAUUUAUUUAUUUUUUUUUAUAAUUUUUGUUAAACUACUUUUUCAAGUAUUUUUAUAAUGUUUUUGUCAAAUUUUCAGACAAAUUUCGUAAAACAGCACAAUAUGGCUGUAUAUAAUAACAUUAACUAAUGAACUGGUCAAAAUGAUGUUGGGGAACUACCCGCCCCUCCCUCUCGUCAUCGUCGCCCCGCCUCUUAGGGCCGUCUUUCAGCUAGGCUCGCAACGGCAGUGGGCUGGAGACAAGGAGAUGCGCAAUUCUAUAAGUUUGGGCAGCGGAUGAUGAGGCAUACCUGAUGUGAGUGGGGUUCUCAUCAACACUGCCAUAAAAACGCAGAGUGUGCCUCUCCUCGGGGAGCCGGCUUCUGUCUCCUUGUGUCUCCAGGAGCAGAGCGGGGAGGGUACCUGUCGAUUUAGAUGUGCGCCGAGGCGAAUUAGAUGCGACGCCGGGGAAUUAGAGCACGUCUCGCGGCCGACAAGCAUUCAUAAACCUGAAACACUUCCUGGAUCCUAAUGUAGACAUUCCUCAUCCUUACACGACAGCCCCCUUUCACCGCGAGGACACUAUUCCCCUUUAUUUUGGAUACUUUCCCCUUUAACGCUAUUUAUUCCCAUUUUAAAAUAUGGUACGUGUAUUAUUAUUUACAAUAAACGCCUCUCCGAGGCUUGACGCCAAACCCACUGUGUCAGAUUCUUGUUCACUCUGCCACAAUGAACUAACAAUGAAAAAAUAUUUACAGCAUUAAGUCUAUUAAUGGUGGUGUACUAUAUACUAUUGUUAAUAUUUAGUUUAUAAUGCAUUCAUGUUUAAUAAUAAAUUUGCAAAAAUGUUUUAGUAUAUGUAUAACGAAUACAAUAAAUACAAAAACGUACAAUUUA